ACAUACAAAUAAACGAAUAAAAAUACAUACAAAUUGUGUUUUUCCAGUUAUUUAAGAAACAAAUUAAUUGAACUUGUUAUCAGGAAUUGCUAAUAUAUAUAAAGAAUAUCAAGUUUUUUUAUACAUAUAAUAUCGUCCAGCCCUAGUAUAGGUACUGCUGUGAAUGUUAACUACUAUGAUUAGUGGCAUGAAAAUAGACCAAAUGUGCCAAAACAGAUAUAAGAUCAGAUAUUAGUACUGCACUGCUGCUAUAAUUGCUGGCUAUUUACUUUAAUUUACUAUCAGCAACAUUAGUAACUUAAUCUUACCUGCACCCUCCCACACACAAUAACACACACACACACACACAGUCUGUACUCAUGCAAAGUGUGACGGUGUCCCUCAUUGAUCUGAGAUUAUGACCAAUCACUUUACUAGGGAUUAGUCCAAAACCUCGCUUUCUCAGAAUAAUGAAAAAGAGAAAACCUGCCCGGCUUCCUCUCUCAGCAACCUGUGCACGCGUCACACACGGAGGAGGAGGAGUGUGAGGAGGGGUGGAGUGUGGGUUUGUGUGUGUGGAGGGGGUAAGUCUACUUAAAGCUGGAUUAACACAAGGCAAACAUUACACCCCCAACACACUCUCCACACAAGCUGCAUCAGUACAGCUCAGGACAAACAGACAAAUCAGCACAUUUCAGACAGUUCUGCACAUGAGAGAGAGAGAGAGAGAGAGAGAGAGAGAGAGAGAGAGAGAGAGAGAGACAAAGUGUGAGGACCAGCUCAGCACAUUUAUGAUGCUUCUGCACGAGAGAGAUAGACAGUGAAACAGAAUAGAGAGAGAACAGCUCCUCCAAUGCUCUGUGUGGAUAUCUCUCGCUCUUCUGGAGCUCCUGACUGGAAGUUGUAGUUUUUGGAACAGUUCUCCUCUGGAUCUCCUCUGAAUGAGCAGCCAUGGGGGAGUGGACAAUCCUGGAGAGGCUGCUGGAGGCAGCCGUGCAGCAGCACUCCACCAUGAUCGGCAGGAUCCUGCUGACUGUGGUUGUAAUCUUCCGCAUUCUAAUCGUGGCCAUCGUGGGCGAGACUGUGUACGACGACGAGCAGUCCAUGUUCGUGUGCAACACGCUGCAACCGGGCUGCAACCAGGCAUGUUACGACAAAGCGUUUCCAAUCUCUCACAUCAGAUACUGGGUGUUUCAGAUCAUCAUGGUCUGCACGCCCAGCCUGUGCUUCAUCACCUAUUCCGUGCAUCAGUCGGCCAAGCAGAAGGAGCGCAGGUACUCCACGGUGUACCUGAGCCUGGACAAGGACACGGACUGCAUGAAGCGAGACGACAGCAAGAAACUGAAAAACACCAUCGUUAACGGGGUGCUCCAGAACACGGAGAACUCCAGCAAGGAGGCAGAGCCUGAGUGCCUAGAGGUAAAGGACAUCCCUCAUUCCUCUAUCCGGACCACCAAGUCCAAAAUGAGGCGGCAGGAGGGCAUCUCCAGGUUCUACAUCAUCCAGGUGGUUUUUAGGAACGCUCUGGAGAUUGGUUUUCUGGUGGGUCAGUACUUCUUGUACGGCUUUAACGUCCCUGCGGUCUACGAGUGCGACCGCUACCCCUGCAUCAAAGACGUUGAAUGCUACGUGUCCAGACCUACAGAGAAGACUGUUUUUCUGGUCUUCAUGUUUGCUGUUAGCGGAAUUUGCGUGGUGCUGAACCUGGCCGAGCUCAACCACCUGGGCUGGAGGAAGAUCAAGACAGCGGUCAGGGGGGUGCAGGCCAGGAGGAAGUCCAUCUACGAGAUCAGGAACAAGGAGCUGCCUAGGAUGAGCAUGCCCAGCUUCGGACGUACUCAGUCCAGUGACUCUGCUUAUGUCUGAGGCCUAGGUGUGUACAAUGGACCACUGGAUGAACUCUCUAUCUCACUGGCUUCUUUUACGAAGCUAUACGGAGGUGUAGACUGGUAUAAUUUGUCUUUUGUGGACAAGCAAAAGAAACGGACCAAACUUUUGUCCAUAUGGAUAUCUUUUAAAGGCACUUUGGAAAACUUUGAAUUUGAAUUUUAUUUUUUAUUAUUUAUUUUGUUUCUAUCUUGUGUUGACUGUGCCACUUGGGGCAGAUAUGAGUUGCACUAAAUAUGAAUUUCAGAAGCCAAAAUGAACCUGAACUUGUGCUGUGAAGAUCUGUUCUUGUCUUCUCUUUCGUUCUUUGAUCCAGAUUUUCUUCUGCUAUUUUUACACCCCAUGCUUGGUCACGUAGAAUGCCUCAGAUCAGCCCGGUAGACUGCAGCUCCGACGUACAUAUCUAGGGUUUUUCACAACAUAAUCUUCAUUUGAAGUUUAAAUCAUAUAGCUUUGCAUAUUCAGUGUUUUUUUUUUUUUUUGCCUGUGCUUGCACCAUGUACCUUAAAGUGAGCCACCGCUAUUCCAUUGCUUUAAGCUGACCUGCAGGCAGUGGGUGCUGCAAAAUACUAACGUGUCACUUUUGGAUGUGUUUAUUUAUGUAUUUAUUGAAUAAUUUAACUAUUUAUUUAGCCUGUUUACACCAAAGCGCCCAUUUCUUUAAUUUUGUCAAAGGAAAGAAAGUUAUUUUGCUUUUAUUAAAGUGCCAUACAUGUACAUGUACAUAAGAUAUACAAAUAUAUCAUAUAUUAUAGAAAGCUGUACUGUAAUCCUGAUUAUGAGACAUCUACUGUAUUCCCGCCAUGGAAUAAUAGCUGUGUUUUCUCUUUAUUCUGAAACAGUGUAAGAAUGGGAAUAGUAAGACAGAUUGUUAUUUAGCUUUAACAGAAACUCAUAUUCCGAUAGUCUAAUAUACGUAAUUUACAGUGAACCUGGUGUAGUAGUACGCUCUUAAAUAUGAAAGCUCCAAAAUAAAGGGUUCUUUGGACACUUUUGGUUCCCUACACUAAAUAAAUGUAGGCAAAAUGGCUAAUAAACAAUAUAAUGUGUUACAGCAAGAAGGCAUAAUGCAUAUAAUAUAUGCCAGUGGAUACAUUCACUAACUAACUUUGCAAUAAUUUUAUUUACAAGGGAUGUAUUUUUUACCAUUUGAAGGAUAUCUUUUAAUCAGUCUCAAGUUUCUGCAGGAACCAAAGGUAGUUCUUCAAAAGAACUCUGUUUGGCACCUUUAUUUCGAAGAGUGUUCAUUCAGUGCAAUUUGCUUUCUAUACAAAUUGCCCCUGGUGCCUCCAUAUCCCACAGGAGUGAUGUUACCAGGUAAAAAAAAACAAUAAAUGAUGGAAUUUAUCACUGUAAGACCCUGUGUGCUGUGCAUUGCUUUCUCACACAUUUUUAUCCAGGAAAGAGCCCUCUGACUGUCAGGCAAAUCCCAAAGCCCCUGUCCGCUUCACUCGUUCAUUCUGCUUCUCUAUGAAUCAACUUUCUUUCAACCUGUCAAAACGCUUGCGUGUUGUUUUUCAGCGCGGUCAGCACGGUGCUGCUUAAACUCAAUCCAGGGCGGAGUGUGUCCUGCUGCAGAGCCAGAGUGAAGCUGACACUGUGUUUGUGGCAGCAGCUUCCGCUCAGGGCAGGCCAGGAGACGUCCUGUUCCCUGAGGGGCCUUAGGUACCAGACACGCCUGGGUCUGUGAGGCUCUGUCCGCUGCAGAGGUCACUGAGGAAAUGUUGAACACAAUGGCUUUACAAAGAUUACAAAGAUUUAAAACGUAUAGCAUAGUGGGACUAUAUAAUGGAAAUCAUAUCAAACAUAUUUGAUAAUCUUGUCAUUCUGAUAGACUGUAAUACAUUACAGGAAGUCUAGGAGUCCCUAUCUGGGUGGAGAUUCCAUGUUCUUCCUGUGUCUGUGUGGGUUUCCUCCGUGGACUCCCAUCUCUUCUCACAGUCCAACAUGGAGAUCAGGUUAACUGGAUACACUAAAUUCUAAAAAUAUUGGAUGCUCUAAAUUGUCCUGGUGUGUCGGUGUUAAAAAAUAAGAGACCACUUGAUGAGUUUCUUUGAGUUUACCAAAUUGAAAUCCUCUGAAAAAAAAUCAAGUAGGAAGAUGGAUGAUCACAAGCCAUCAAACCAAACUGAACUGCUUGAAUUUUUGGAACAGGAGUGGCAUAAAGUUAUCCAAAAGCAGUGUGUAAAUCUGGUAGAGAAGAACAUGCCAAGAACAACCAGGGUUAUUUCACCAAAUAUUGAUUUUUGAUCUCUUAAAACAUAAUGAAUAUGAACUUGUUUUUGGUGGUCUGAUUUGAGGUCUGAAAGAGAUUUCUCUUUUUCUGGAAAUAAAUGCUCUAAAUGACAAUAUUUUU